UGCGCCGAGAGGAGAGACACGAAAGGAGAUUUGGGUAAAUGUUACCUGAGAAGUCGAGAAAAUAAUCAUCAUCCAGCCUUUAAUUGCAUGCUGGGGUUUUAUGAGGGCAUUUAAGUAAGUCGGCAUGCGUAGAUAAACCAGGCUAUACACCAUGCGUAUUUAAACCGAACACUUUUACUGCGACGUGCUUAAACGUUACCCACCGUUAGCAACCAGACUCACACUACAACCACUACUGCACUUUGUGUGAUUUACGUUGUUAGCAAGCACCCCGGCUAGCUAACCGUGGUUGGGAACAAAUGAAAGCGUAUCUGGUGAAAGCUUUUCCGGGGCCCGAGUCGAGCAUUCGUCUUCAGCAGUAAAUUAAAGUGCAGAAAGCACUGAGAGCUAACUUGGGCUCCCAGUGAAAACCCAACACCGGCUCCGGGCUGCAGGAUUCUGGCAUCGGUUUGGUUGUAUCAGAUGGAGGAGAAAGCAGCUGCAGUGAUCCUGUCGGCUGAUUCAGAACAUCCAGCUACUAUGCCUUCUGUUGGACUGCUUUUGUGAACGUAGCAGUCAUGGCUUCUCGUGAGGUAGAUGAGCUACCAAGUGACACCAAGGAGUUGGUUCCUGCCUCUGCAGAGAUUUCCCAAUGUGGCCCCGAUGACAUCACGGAAGAGCCUCAGCUGGAAACUAUGAAUACUACGGUGAAAUCUCAAAAAUCUGGAAAAUUUAGGAGAACUGCCCAGACAUUUUUUGGAGUUCGUAAAAAUUUUUGUAUUUUACCUAGUUUCUUUGGAGGAAGGAGUAAAAAUCCUUCUAAGUGGUCUUCUAAGAAAGCAAUCAAUAAAAGCAGAACACAUGAUGGGCUGAGUGAUCUUAGUCAUGAUGACAAUCUGAGAAGUGGGUACAACUCAGCUGCAGAUUUAUUGUACCACGACCCGAGGGGCUCUACUGGAGAGCUCCACAGUAGUUGUCAAAAUGAAUGUAGUCACCUCGGUGCUGACCAGAAGACACUUACUCUCACUCGUCAGAAAAGGGGUUUCAGGAGUCUUUUUCAAAGUUUUAGAUAUCACAGAAACCACAGAAAUGCUGGAUCUGAUAAACCUGAAAUGAUUGCUAUGUCCUCUCCUCGCUGCAAGAAAGAGGUGCCUGUUGUCCAGGACAACACCAAGCAGUUUGUCACUGAGUGCCUGGAGUCUGAACCUGAUGUGCCUGAUUUCGCAGAUGUUUCAUGUGACAUGUCCAUUGGCGCUGAAUGUAUUGACGCUGAUGAGAUGCCGUCAGAGAAGGGUGGGGAGCAAGACAGCCCCAAGUCCGAGGUUGACGGUGGGACAUGUGAUAAUGUAAUGGAGGAAAUUAGUUUGAUGGCUGUAGUUUCCUGUGAAUUGAAGGAAAGUUCUCGAGGACACAGCGAGCCUUGUCUGAAACUCGAGACGAUGUCCGAGCCGUUGCUGAAGUCCCAAACACCUGCCGGCUCGUCAGAUCAACUAAACCUCAUUUAUGGAGAUGUGGCAUCAUUAAAAAGCUUUGAUUCCCUCACUGGCUGUGGGGACAUUAUCGCAGAUCAAGAAGACGACAGCAUCACAGAGAGCACCGUGUCUGGAGAGAGGAGUAGAAGUGGAGGAAAACGUGCCUCUUGCUAUCUUACUUAUCAGGGUGGCGGCGAAGAAAUGGCCUCACCUGAAGAUUUGGAUGAAGAGUGUCUUCAGGAUUUCUGGGGAAAUAACGCAUCAGAGGAAAUGUGCUAUACUUGCAACCAAGAAAUCACAGAUUUGACUGCUGACCUGUCAAGUUCUCACAAUAUGGACUUACUGAACAGUAGCAGUGCACAGCAAGCCAGUGGCAUGGAUGCUUCUUCAAUCGCUGAUGUGUUGACUCCUCAAAGCGAGCAUCAGGAAUCAGUACCAACUAGUGAUGAGGGCUACUAUGAUUCAACCACUCCCGGGCCAGAUGACAGACAGGAAAACUCCGACAGACUUAGGGCAGAGAGAUUACCCAGGGACAGUUAUAGCGGCGAUGCCCUUUAUGAACUUUUUGCACCUGAUGAGAGUCUCAUCAGUCCACAUUAUGAAAACAAAUCAAAGCUGCCCGGGUCAAAACAGUAUUUAAGUGAGCCGGUCAAUGUGACAGAUUCUGCCUUUGUUCCAGAGAUGAACCGAUUACAAAUAAGUGGCCAACUCUAUGAAGUUCAUGGUUUUCUGGAGAAGCCAAGCACAUGCAGCAAAUCCUCAGAGUCGGCACAAAAGGCGAUGGGUCGGCAGGAAAUUGGCAUGAACAAAAACUGUAAUUUGAAUUCAAAACCACAAACAUCAGUCAAUAAGAGUAAUACAGAGCCCAAUGUGUGUGAGGAGAAAGGAAAUAUGUCUUCUGCUUCCACUGAAAAAAAUCUAAAAUCUAUAAACACUGAGUGUGAGAAACGACACAGCAGCGUUUCAUUCGGCAGCACGUCCGACCCAGAUUUUGAAACAUUCUGUGAACCCAAAGAGCAGCAUCUUGAGGAAAACAAGCCUGUGGCUUUGCCGUAUAAAAACAUCAGUUCUCAAUCUGCAGUAGAUAUCAACGACUCGGAUGAUGGGCAAACUGUCUGUUUCUCUCAAGCUCUUGUGGACUACACAAAGCACUCUCAGAUGCUGAGUAACUUGCGCAACGAUGUGGAUGAUUUAGAGACAAACUCCGCCUUCACUUCAAAUAUGCAGGCCUUACCUACCAUAGUCACAUUCGAUGUAGUGGAUAUGCACAAUGAGGGUGAAUACGACGAGCAGAUCCACAUGGAACUGGAGGAGGACAUUUCAUCGCCCUAUCAGGAUUUUGAAGAGAGCUACCUACAAAAGGAUGCAUUUGCCGAAUGUGACUAUCAAAUGUUAGACAUGUAUGAACAGAACCUGAUCAGUAACACGUGGGCAAUUGCUAGUCUCCCAAGGCACCUUGGCCUUACAAGAGUCAGUCAGUCCAUGCCUAAUGCAUUGUCUCUAGACAGGAGAAGUAGGUCUCUGGACAGAGAGAGCCUUGAGUUGAAGAUGCCCGACACAUACAGAGAGAACAGAGCUGCUAUCGUUGCUUCUCCUCAAAUUGAAACAGACUCCUCAACAUAUUACAAGAAGAAUGUACUCGUGUCUGCAUCUGAAGAUAGAGACAGUAGCAGCAUUAUGGCCUUAUCUUGGCAAACUAGAUCAGAAAUGGCUUUAAGCCUUCCUCUGACAGACGGGGGAUUCAAUGAACAAGUACAGAGUCUCAGUCAAACCCAAGUCAAACGCAAAAUAAUGUCUAGUUCAUCCAGCAGCGACUGUCCCAACAUUAAAACGCAACUUUGCUCUAAGGUGUCAGUAAAUUCACAGAACAACAGGCAGCAGCACCUUCCCUCGCAGGCAGAUUCUUGUUUACCUCACAGCACCUUUCUUUAUUCUGGAAUGAUGGAUGGUGAAUCAGACGAUGUAGAUGAGGAUGUUUUUUGCAAAGCUGCCACUCAUUUACAUUCCUAUAAAAAGUGUGGGAAAAGCAGACCAGUGGCUAGCAGGGAAGCAGUUUCUCAUACUGGCAGUCUUCUGAACACAGGGGGUCUUAAUGAUGAUAUGACUGUCCUCAGUGAAACAAGAACACCUAGGGAUGUGGCCGGCAACAAACUCCCAGAGGCAACCUAUAAUUGAAAGGCCCUACGCACUGGGAUCACAUGUAUUUGUGCUAUUAAUGAGUGCUUUCAUGUUACAUCCAAAUGAGAAAUUGUUGCGUCAUUUUUUACUUGCACAUCGGAUUUAUUUGACAGGAUGAAUUGUUAUUAUUCUGCCUGUGCCGUCAUGCUGCAUUAAGUACAUGGCUGUCUCAAAAGGGAUUUCCUGCAUUUGCACAGUAACAGUUGCUUUUUCUUCCACAUAGGCAACGUACAUGUAAGUCUAUUGAAAGUGACUAAGCAAGUAAUUGUUUCCUUUUCAUUAAGAAUGCUCACACAUUCAUCACAUUAAGCUAUUGAUUUAACUAGAAUGUUCCAUUUAUGUAGCCUCAGUGUCUCAAUGGUAAUGCAACACUUUGUCUUAUUUAAUGGUUAUUAUCGUGGUUUCUUUGUUACAGCCCCGAAACACAUGUAUGCUUUAAGCGCCGGCUUAUGUUUGUGUUUACUGCUUUUUAACAGUGAGCUUUAUGUUGAUUUGUCGAUCCAUAAUAAAAAAACUUGUCUUUUGUUGAUACCUCAACAGGGGGUAUAUUUGAAAUACAUUUAGCUGUUUUUGGCUUAAUCUUAAAACAUCUCACAGCUAGUUUUUCCCCCUCAACCCAGAAUGUGAUAAGCAUCAAUAAGAGAUGUAAAGAUGAUCUGAUACUUCAUGCAUCUUAACUUCCGCUGCUCCCUAUACAAACUUUAGAUAACUUUACAAGGUCUAUCUACUUCAACUACUUCUAUUUCUACAUAUCACAUAUAGUUACCCUGUGUCUGAAAGUGCUUUACAUUAGACUUUUAAGAAACAGCAAGAUAAAUACAAAAUGAUAAGGAAAAACAAAUCAAGGAUGGAAAAAUAAAACAAGUUUUACCUAAUAGUCUCACAGUUACUGUGUUACUUGUGUUCUGAGAAGCCCCUUAGGCUUUACUGUGAAUGCUGUUUUAUUUUCAUUUUCAACACCAGAAGGGUAAAAUUCUCACUGAAUUGAUGCGCUCACUUAAGAUUGUGGAGUGGUUUGGAUUUCUUAGAAUUAUGAAAUUUCAAAAGACAAACUGGUAUUUUCAUGUGUAAUUUUCCCGUGCAGUUGAUGUUUAAUCAGUCCAAGGUCAAACUUCCAGAUGAUGUAAUUUUUUAUAGUGUGAUAAUGAACAAAUGUCAAAUAAUUUGUAUUGAUGUUUUUAAUUUCUAUACUGUAACAUUGUAUUCUGACUGGUUAUUACAAUUUGGCAAUUUUCUUUUUUUUUUUUGUUUUCUUUUUUCUAAAUUAAGUUACACCCAUGUUACAUUAGGGGAUGCCUCUUGAACUUCUGUUACUGUUUUUUCAGAAUAGAACACUGCCUUAUAUUAAAAUAAACAUGACAAGACAUG